CAAAUAAAUAAGAAGCAAUGUCAAUAAAAUUAGCUACCAUGUGUGGUUACGCCAACAGUUUACAGAAGUGCAUUGCCUGCAUUUGUUUUUAGAUGCUGACAUGUCAUAAAAUCUUGAAAAUCCUUGAGAACAUUUUCAUUGUAGGGAGUCAUAAAAGUCUCCCUGAAAACUUCCAUUCUCCCUGAAAAGUCUUGGAAAUCUGCCCCAGAACAAAGUAAUAUACACCCAGCACCUGCAGUCCAGUGGGGGAGAGGAUCCCGAGGCUUGAGACGAUUGGAUGACUGGCCCCCUGACAGGACCAUGAACUGAAGGCCCUUCUGCUAGGCCCUACUUUAUUUUUGCCUUUUUUUCUGUGGGGUAAGAGCUUGGAGCCCGGCUGCUGCAGAGAACCAGACCAGCGCUUGGUUGCCGACGCCAUACCCCCUUCCCUCCAGACAACCACGCGCAGCUUUGACCUGUCGACGCCCUCCGCCUCUCCUACCGCUACACCGGAACCAUGGGGAGGAAAAAGAUUCAGAUACAGAGAAUCACAGACGAGCGUAACAGACAGGUGACGUUCACCAAGAGGAAGUUCGGCCUGAUGAAGAAGGCCUACGAGCUGAGCGUGCUGUGCGACUGCGAGAUCGCCCUCAUCAUCUUCAACCACUCCAACAAGCUCUUCCAGUACGCCAGCACCGACAUGGACAAGGUGCUGCUCAAAUACACCGAGUACAACGAGCCGCACGAGAGCCGGACCAACGCCGACAUCAUCGAGACAUUGCGAAAGAAAGGCUUUAACGGUUGCAACAGUCCAGAGCCGGACGGAGAAGACUCUAUUGACCAAAGUCCCCUGAGCGAUGACAAGUACCGCAAGACCAACGAGGACCUGGACAUUCUCUUCAAACGAUACGGAUCUGCAGUCCCGCCCCCUACUUUCUCCAUGCCUGUCACAGUCCCCGUGUCCAAUCAGAAUGCACUACAGUUCAGCAACCCCAGCAGUGCCCUGGUGACCACUUCCUUCGUGACAUCAUCACUCACAGAUCCCCGCCUCCUGUCGCCACAGCAACCAACCCUCCAGAGGAACACAGUGUCUCCAGGGUUACCGCAGCGACCAGCCAGUGCAGGUGCACUUUUAGGAGGUGACCUCAACAACUCAAACGGAGCGUGUCCAAGUCCAGUUGCAAACGGGUACAUCAGUGCCAGGGCCUCUCCAGGCCUCCUCUCUGUCUCCAACGGCAACAGCUUGGCAAAAGUAGUUCCAGCUAAGUCUCCACCUCCGCCCAGCCCUCAGAUGGUGAACAGCCGCAAGCCGGACCUCCGGGUCAUCACGUCACAGAGCGGCAAGGGCCUGAUGCAGCUGACCGACGAGGAGCUGGAGUUGGUGAGUGAGAAUUCUCAGCGGUUAGGUGCUUCUCAAGUGACACAGCCACUCACCACACCGGUGGUCUCUGUGGCGACACCCAGCCUUCUGACACAGGGGCUGCCCUUCUCUGCUAUGCCAACAGCCUACAACACAGACUAUCAGCUGACAAGUGCAGAUCUCACAGCACUCCAGGCUUUCACGUCGCCGACUAGCCUGUCGCUAGGAAACGUAUCCACUUGGCAACAGCAGCAGCAGCCGUCUGUAUCCCAGCAACAACCGCAACAGCAACAGCAGCUCAGCUUGGCAUCGCUCGGCAACUUAGUUAUGUGGAGCGGUGACGUGUCUACCUGCACCUCCACUUCCGCUGCAAACCGGAGGCCUGUGGGUCACAUACCUCAGGGCGCCACACUGACAGUGAACACCAACCCCAACGUGAGCAUCAAGUCUGAGCCGGUCUCGCCCAGCCGGGAGCGCAGCACGCCCUGCUCAGUGUCGGGCAGCGUUCUGACGGCCGUCCCCCAGUACCCAGGGGCCCUGCGCCUGGAGCCCACCGGCCGCUCCCCCGUUGACAGCCUGAGUAGCAACGGCAGCUCCUACGAGGGCAGCGACCGUGACGACGGCGCCCAGCCCCGCCAGCCGCCCGACUUCGGCUCCGCCCCGGGGCUCCUGAGGCCCUCUGGGGAGGCGGAGCAGGAGGGCGCCAACGUCAAGCGCAUGAGACUGGACGCCUGGGUCACAUAGGCAUGCAGGAAGUGGUGAAGCGAUGAUAACUCCCCGCCUCCUCCUCACCACCACCACCACCACCACCUCCCUCUCACUACCACACACACUCACACGUAUGCACUCACACACGCACUCUCACGGGCUGAGCCACCAAACCAGGGAUUAACUGUUAAUAUAGGGAGUGGGGUAGAAUUAUGAAGGGGGGGGGGCAUUUUGAAACAGAGGUAGUUGUUUUUUUUUUUAAAUUUACAUUCGUGUUUCAUUCAUUUGUGUGUAGGAGAUGGGAGCUGUGUUUAAUGCUGGGUCAAAAGAGGAAGUAAUGAUGUAGGUGAGAGGGUGUUUUCCCUCACAAAAGAACAGUGGCUGUUAGCUCUUUGCAUACACCGGGUUUGCAGUUGUAUCUGUACUAUGAAAUUCAUCCAUUCAUUGUUUUGGCGUAAUGCAGGCUGUUUUUCACACUUGAGUGCAAGACGUGUUGCAAUUUUUCCUCGCAAUCAUCCUCUUGGGUAAUUAUAUCCUCUCAUCUGCUGUUGCCCAUUGCCCAGUGUCUGCUUACAGACAUACAGCUCGGACCAGAGGGUCAGGCAUGUUGUUAAACUGAAGCAGUAUCCUUUGGUAAAGCUGUGGUCAGGCUCCACGGGCUCUGCUGAUCAUUUUUUCUUGUAGCCUGAAAAUGACUCCAUUCACCUCAGAAUCAGAAUAAUGAUCCACAGCUUUGCUGUGAGCACUGCACACGUGUCAAGUUAAGAAGACUUGCUGUUUAAGACAAAUUUCCUCAGAGGGCGUUGUCAGAGAGCCCAAAUCUUCGAGAGGCUGCCCCUGUGUUGUGAGCCUGGACUGCACUCCUGUACACUGACACCCACGGUAGGUUGAAAAGGGAUACUGAAUCAGUGGUGGGCUAAUGCAUCUCACCUUUCCAGAUGCCCCACUCCGAUCCCCACCCUCAGCCACCACAGCCAUCAUUUAAUGCAUAAUGACCUUAUUGGGGGUAGUUAUCAAAUGACACAGCUCUUUCAUAAGGUUAUUUUUAUUUGAAGUAAUCCUGUUGGUUCCAAGCUUGUUGAAAUUCAACCAAACCAUGUGUGGCAAGGGGCAAACUCUUCUCCUUUCCUGUAACAAAAGCAGAAACUGAAAAUGGCUGGAUAUAUUUCAUAAUCAUCCGUUUACAUACAGAGUUCAGUUGCAGUUUGUACGUGAGGUGCGGUCUUAUUUGCGUAUCUUUUACUGACUUUCGCCUCUGGCUGCUUAAUUCAGGGGAUAUUGGUCAAUUCAAUCAAGAAGUAUUCUUGCAGUUUUUUUUAAAGAGACAUAACAAAAAGCUUGAAUUUUAGAGGGUUCAGAGUGAUGAAUUGUAAAAGAAAAAAAAUGAUGAACCGUGUGUAUAUAGACACAAAUGUUUUUUGAUGUUCCUUUACAGCCAGCUUUGGUGCUUGUAUAGCAGAAAGAGGUUGUUUGAAGACUAAAGGUGGCAUAUGUUUUUAAAUGGCUUUAGAUGGCAGUAAAACUACAUGUUUUUAAAAAGGAAACCGCAUAUAAUGUGGAAGUAAUGAUAGACAAUAGGGAUUGUAUAUAUAAAUAUAUAUUCACAUAUAUUUUGCAGGAUAUCCCUAAAACAAAUGUGUUGAUUCUCAGUGGAUCUGUCUAUAUAUUUAUGUAUAUGUAAAUGUAAUAUGUUGCAAGCUAGAAUGCUGGGGGGCAAUGAGGAAGGUAGCAGGGAAAUUGACUUUUCAAGUUAUUUGUGACUAUUAAUUAGAUGGGCCGCACUUUAAUUCCAGACCCAGCCCCCUUCUCAUCUUGGCAUGUUGCAUCUCUGAAUAUCCUUUAAUAUCACUUACCUGCACACACCUGCACAAAUCUGCUGGUGGUGUAUGAGGCCGUCACUUCCUUUUAUUUACAGCAGGGGGAUUCGUGAGUCACCUUUUCUGUCAUCCAGGCACAUUUCUGUAAUGCAGUUUUGCUUCCUAAAUCUCUGAAAGCAUAUUCCCCAUGUAGUGGCCCUUUCCCGGGUCACAGUGUUCCCAGAAUGCUGAAUUUGAGGGAGGGAAGUGGGCCAAGGACCAUGAACCCCGUCAUUGCACCGCAUUAGUGUUCUGCUGCUUCUCUGCCCACAGAAUACUUUCAACAAACCAAAUGUGGGCUCCGUAAAAAGACCCUUCAUAUUGCAAACAGCAUGUACUGUUCAGCAGAGAAUAUGCUUUCACACAUGAAAGCUCAUAUUUGCACUUCUGACACUAGGUAGCAGAGUACGUGUAAUAAUUUCUUUAAAAUAAAAUAAAAAAAAAAAACAACUAUUCACGUGACAACUUUCUGACAAGUAUUGCAGUUUUGCAUUGCUGUAAAAUAAUGUCUAACUUUCUUUUUAGUUGCCACAUAUGUGUUGAAUGUUUUAUAGUACAAUUAUGUAUCUCUGAGUAAAAACAGGAUUAAAUAUUUUUAUGAAGGUGUGGCAGACUACAACAACUACUACAGAUCCUUAGUCCAUCUUGACCCCUGCUAAAGAGUGGCAAAGGAUCCUUCAUUGGGUCACUUUGAAUUUAAGGUAAUGACAGAUAUCCUGUGUCCCCAGUUUCUCAGUGUUUCACUUUGUAACAGAAUAAUUUGGAAUCUGGUCCAGAGCACGUACCCACACCCCAUUCCCUUCCUAUGUCAUUCAAUGUGGCAAAACCCCAAAUUCUACACCUAGGAAAAUCUAGAUAAAGAAUCCCUCUCUGGUUUGGUACAGAUGGCUCUUCUCAGAGUAAAUUGUCCUGGAUGUCAUUUUAUCAAAGACUUAAUAUUUCUAUGUGUAAAGUGUUUUAUAUUUAAAAUACCUGGUUGCUUUGUUUUCUUAGAAACUUGAAUUUCCCAGAGGCUGGAAACACACUCACCUUUAGUUCUCUUUCUCCUUUUUCCUGUUUUGUCUCUCAGCAGUUAGGAUGGUCUAAAAGCCUCAGACAGCUUCCUUGUAUUUAUUCAUAUACAAAUAUCCCAGAAGUCCCUGCUUCCCCCUUUUUUUUGCUAUCCUGCCCUUCAGCAUUUUCCUCUGGUCUGUCAUUCACUAGGUAAAGGAAGUCAUAGGCCGCUGCUGUAGACCAAACACGACAGUUCGCUUUGCUUUGGUCCAAUUUCUGCAAACAAAGAUACCUGUGGCACCCUUUCUGUGGCUGUCUCACUGUCCUUUGAUUUUCUCGUCGUAUUUCUUGGGCUUUGCCAGGCAAUGGAAAAGCUCUUGAGGAGGCUACUGAAAGGGAGACUGUUUGAAACGGGGUAAUUUACCUGUCUGUAUCAGGAAGGUGGUUUGUGUAGCAUUUAUUUUAUUGGCACGAUGGGAUCACUUGAAUCACUUGCAUCAGAGGUACAAAGUCAUGGUUUCUGGACAGCCCAUGGUAGCAAGGUCUGCGGCCAUUUCCAAUGGCAACGGUGCUGUGAGGCAUUGCUUGCUAUACAGACAGCAGCUGGAGUUUGAUAGGAGGAUAAGGAGCCAAUGGGAUGGCUUGGGUCAUCAGCACAUUGGUGCACCUUACGUCAGAGAGGUAGAUGAAUCCUGAGCUGUGAACAGGUACAUCUGUAUACAGUUCAUAACUUUGUCAUAUCUGAUCUCAGAAACAAGGUGAGGUAUCUCUGGCUGUGCACCAAUCUGUGAAACCAUGCUGUCUGUUUUUGGCACCUCUGUAUUUGGUGAGCCUUUGCUGUACAAACUCUGUUAUAGCUCACAGUCAGCACAAUGCCGUGAGUCAGUAUAAUCAAAGGAAAGACAAUCUCACAGAAAGGAAUAAACCUGCACCCCUGAUUUCCAUUGAAGUUUUUAGAAUCUCACUUUUUCUGGUGUUAAUCUGUGCUGGUGACAGUUUUAUUGU